AUGGUCAGGAAGAUGGCAAUCCACUUUGAAUUCACUGAUGUCAUUGCUGAUGUAGUCCACUUGGCGAUAUCUUUGGUCAAGAACAAUAGCAAGUUCAUGUUUGAGGAUGCUGUCCUCUAUGGUGGAGGCAAGGAGGAGCUAGUGGACCAACUUAAGAACAAUGACUUGGCGAUUUUCUUGAGUGAUAGCACUGCUGACAAAAUGAAUGCCGUAGAGGUUCGAGAGGCAUUCAUGAAGACGACCUACUCCUAUGAAGAGGUAAUCAAGAUGCUGGACAUGAUGCCUAUCAAUCAUUGA